AUGAUCUCUUCAAUUAAAGACUCGAGAAAUGCAAACCUACCUUUAUAUUGUAUUAUUCUUACUCUUUUAGCUGUAAUCGGUGGCUUUGAAAAUGGAUUUAAUACUGGCAUUACUAAUAUACCAGAAAUUGUUCGAAUGGAUAUAAUCACGUACAAGGAGCAGGUGUGCCAGAUUGCCUUCCAAUGGGAAAUUUACUUUGGUAAACUUGAUAAAAUUGGUCCAACAUUUCAAUUUCUAUACUCUCACGAAUGGACCUUUGAUAUAGUAAAAACUAUAGUAAAUGCCAAAAGUCAUAUUUAUAUGCUGGGCCUUGCAGCAGGAAGUCAUUCAAUGGGUGGUAUUUUUGGAGGUCUCAGUGCUGGUAGUUUACAAACAAUAUUUGGUAGAAAGAAUACGUUAAUAUAUAAUUCUUUUACUUGGAUAAUCGGUGGUGUACUUCUCGGUGCGUCAGUAAAUCCAAUAAUGUUUAUAUGCGGUCGUAUUAUUACUGGGAUUGGUUCUGGUAUUGGUUCUGUCGUUAUUCCGACAUAUUUAUGUGAAAUCUCGACCAUAAAGUCACGUGGACUAAUUGGUUCCGUUUAUCAAGUUUUUCUCGUGAUUGGAAUAGUUACUUCUCAACUUAUUGGUUUAUCAUUAUCAUUUAUUCCUGGCUGGCGCAUUCUCCUAACUCUGACGUCAGUAAUUGCAAUCUUCCAAUUAGUAUUAAUGCCUAUUAUAGGAGUGGAAUCCCCAAGAUAUUUAAUUUCACAAAAUAAAAUUGAUGAAGCGAAAAUGACAUUACAAAAAUUAAGAAAAGGGUAUAAUAUUGAUUUAGAAUUUGAAGAAAUUAUUCAGGGACAAUCCGUAAAUCAAAUUAAUGCGAUUAAUGAUAUUAAUAUCGAGAAAGGUGAAAACUAUCUAAACUAUCUACAAAGUUCUCUUGUUGACACUGAUAAUCAACUUAGAAUAAGGAAAACUGCUUCAUUUAAGGAACUUUUACUUGAUUCAUAUUGUCGCAGGAUGUUGUUCGUUUGUAUUGGAACAAAUCUUGCACAACAACUUUGUGGUAUCCAAGGAAUAGUCUUUUAUAGUACUGCUAUUUUCUUAAAUGUCAUGGGUGAUUCGGCAAAAUACAUUACGAUAAUCAUAGGCGGUACAAUCUUGAUAGUUACAUUAAUAUCAACCUUUCUGAUAGAUCGAGUGGGAAGAAGACCAUUAUUAUUAGCAUCUGAGAUUGGUGUUACCGUCUCAUGUCUUUUAAUCGUUAUCGGAUCUAUAUAUCGAUAUAAUAUUCUUCUUAUAAUCGCAUGUAAGAAAUUUAUUACUGAAUACAAUGGAAAGAUUCAUAAUCCCGGUUACUAA